UGGGGGUACGGUGUGUAUAGUAUAUACCGUUUGGUCUAUUAUUGACCAGCAAAAUGCUGCCCAUAGUACUGGUACUAUUUGUCGCUCAGAGCGCAUUCGCCGCACCGUCAGUGGUAGGCGUCCAAUUCAAAAAUUUCAACGAGGUCGCUCCAGUUCGCGACAAUGGCAAACUUGUCUCGAGUUAUCUCACCGAUGGUACUAUCGCGUACAUCGAUGGCGGCGACACUCCCCUUUACGCACAAAUGAUGAUACAAGCAAUCAAUGACAUGGCCGACACAAGCGAUACUAGUUCCUGGGCAAAUGCUGUCAUCCAAACUAUUGCCACAGUCGGUGAGCUCGCUAACGGCGUCCCUGGUGAUGCUUGUGAGGCUGCUGCUCUCAUCAACGCAUACGCGUACUCCGUCAGCACUGGUAACAGCGCCGGACUCCGUGCUGCACUUCCUAACUUCGUGCAACGCAUCGCUGGAUACGUUGACACCAUCGUCCAACUCGUCGUCAACCCCAACGGCGUCCGUUACUCGUCUGGUCCAAGAGGCAAGUGCCUUGGUGGUGGAAGGAGCUACCAAUUUGAGGAGGCAUGGGAUGGUAUCCUUGACAAAGCCAACGCUUACCAAAUUGGUCUCUUGAACGAGGAGUACUGCGCUGCCAAGCGUCUGUACAACGCCUUCAACAUCCGCAGUAACAACGUAGCCGCCGCCGUCACUGCCGUCACCACCGGACCAGUUAACCAGCUCGUACAACUUGCGCUUCCACAACUUGCACAAUUCUUGAGAGUAGUCGCUAAUGGAGCAAACCCAGUUCAAGCUGGAGCCAACGCCAAGAAUGCUCUUCUCCAAUCCCUCCCCAAAAUCCAGUACUGAGGAAAUCAGAUCGAUCAAUCAUAUGUCAUAGUAUAUAUCGAAUCAUAAACCGCAGAAUAAUUUAACCAAUAAAAUAUUCGUCUUACUAAUAAAUAGUUCCGUUUCUUUCUUUCAAAUGACAAA